AUGGGUCCUUACAAGGAUAAGGUUCUCUGUGAUAUUGUUCCAAUGGAUGUGUGCCACCUUCUUCUUGAAAGACCUUGGCAAUUUGAUAGGAGAGCCCAACAUGAUGGGCAUAAAAACACAUAUGUUGUUGAGAAGGAUGGAGUGUCUUAUACCCUUGAACCAUUGCAAGAAGAUAUGGGUGCAAGUCAUGAAGGACCUAGUGUCAUGGUGGUGAAGGAGGAGUUUUUGAAGGAUCUUGAGGAGGAAGGAUGUGUAUAUGCUAUUGUAACUAAGCCAAUCUGCAAUACUACAACUAGUGAUAAGGAAGAAGUCCCAAAUGAAGUGCAGGGUCUACUUGACAAGUAUGAGAAUAUAGUAGUGAAGGAGUUUCCAAAUGCUUUGCCUCCACUACGAGAUGUAAGUCAUCACAUAAACUUAAUACUUGGUACAAGUCUGCCCAAUAAGGUAGCAUAUAAGAUGACACCUCAACAAAAUGAGGAGAUUAAAAAUCAGAUGCAGGAGUUGUUGGAUAAAGGUUUAGUAAGAAAGAGCUUAAGUCUAUGUAUUUUGCCAAUUGUUUUGGCACCCAAAAAGGAUGAGAAGUAG